UCUCUGCGUUAAACCUGGCUUUAUUCACAACUCGGAGCUCCAGCGAGCCCAGCCGACUUAGAGAGAGCUGUCAUCGUGUGGACUUGAUCUCUAGCGGGUUUUACAACAGAGUUUGGAAUUAUUUUUUUACUAAUAUUAGUGGUUUUCUGAGAUAUCUCGAGGGUGUUUUUCCAAGCAGAACGGGUGUUGGUUAACUCGGAGUGUCUGGUAGGUUUUUAUUAGUAAUGCUCCUCAGGUAACGUUAGUGUGAAAGUCUUGAGAGCGUCUUCACACGGUCACACAGCGACUGGACAGUUGCUGUAAACUGAGUAAACACGGCUUUAACUCACAGGUGACUGCGGCUCUAAGCUGUCAGAGGACAUGGACUCCACAAAGGCUGAUUGUGGGUUACUAUUGAGCCGACUCACAUGGACCGCUCAGCCUAGCCAUGUGCAUCUGUGUUUACGCGUCCUGUGCGUCUGCUCUGAUUGGUCGAGAGAGGUCGUGACGUGCGUAUUGCAUAAUUUGCAUGGGCAUGGACGCGUCUGCAGCUGCUGAUACACGUGAGACGGCCAAGACUGACCCACUUUCCGAGAUGGACCUCACUGCGGAACACAAGAGCCAGGGGGCGUGCUUGGACCCAUAUCCUCCCACCCGUCUCCACCCCUUGAUUGCUAAAUCUACCCAUCUCUACCCAGUAGAUGUGUUCCUACCGAGCCCCCUAAACAUGCCGAGUACACGUGGGGGCGGGGCUAAGAACACGUCAAUCAACAGCUCAGCGGCUCAUUCAGGUGGAGUAAUAGCUUACAUUAGCUCCUCGAGCUCGGCCUGCAGUCCCGAGUCGUGCCACAGCGACUCCUCCAACAGCAGCUAUCAGUCCUGCUCUCCACCCCACGCGGGACAGGGACAGGGCCCACAGGGCGAGGCUCUCGCUGGGACCCCUCAGUCCCGUGGAGGCAAGGCACGAUCGCCCUCCACCACCAGAAGUGGCAUUACAAAGAUUAAUGGGCUGGUGCUGCUAUGUAAAGUGUGUGGAGAUGUGGCGUCAGGAUUUCACUACGGUGUUCACGCCUGUGAGGGAUGUAAGGGUUUCUUCAGGAGGAGCAUUCAGCAGAACAUUCAGUAUAAGAAGUGCCUUAAGAACGAAAGCUGUCCCAUCAUGCGCAUCAACAGGAACCGGUGUCAGCAGUGCCGCUUUAAGAAGUGUCUGCUCGUGGGCAUGUCCAGAGACGCUGUGCGUUUCGGCCGGAUUCCCAAACGAGAGAAGCAGCGCAUGCUGCUCGAGAUGCAGAACGCCAUGAACAACAUGAUGAACAACAGCCACGGCAACCAGCCUCUGAGCGACCAGACGUCAUCCACCGAUGCAGCUUCAGAGCACAGCGGCUCGGGCUCUUCCUCCCGCUCCCCCUCCACUUCCCCCCGGAGCCACCGAUCCAAAUCCAGCCCGGACCCCGAGCUGCUGAGCGCCAUGGAUACAAGCCAGAGCUCAGACUCUUCCAGUGCCACUGACAGUGGGGAGGAGGAGGUCAUCGGCACAGUGACUAGAGCGCACCAGGAGACCUUCAUGUACAAUCAGGAGCAGGCCAGCGUGCCUUCAGAGGGCCCCAACAACUACAGCCAUUGCUCAGAGAAGACUCAGGAGGUCUGGAACCAGCAGAACAAUCCCUCCUCAGAGAGCGAACAGAAGCCUUCAUCAGGCAGUGCUCCACGGGGGCCUGAAGACUCGGGCUGUCCUUUCAGACUGCCCAACAGCAGCUCCGCUGGACCGUCUCUGAAGAACCUCUCUCUGAGAGCUCAUAAUGACAAUGAGACCCAAGUCAAUGGCAGCUGUAGUGUCCCAACAUUUGCAAGGGUUAACAGGAUGCACCUGGUUUGCCCCAUGAACACAUCGCCCUAUGUGGAUCCUCAGAAGUCGGGUCACAGUAUUUGGGAGGAGUUCUCCAUGAGCUUCACCCCAGCCGUCAGAGAGGUGGUGGAAUUUGCAAAGCGCAUCCCAGGAUUCAAAGACCUGUCCCAGCAUGACCAGGUCAGCCUGCUGAAGGCCGGCACCUUUGAGGUGCUGGUGGUGCGCUUUACAUCCCUGUUCAAUGUGAAGGAGCGCACGGUUACAUUUCUGAGCGGCCGGAAGUACAGCGUGGAGGUGCUGCGCUCGAUGGGUGCAGGAGAUCUCCUCAACUCAAUGUUUGACUUCACCGAGAAGCUGCAAGCUCUGAACCUCAGCGAGGAGGAGAUGAGCCUCUUCACGGCCGUAGUGCUGGUGUCUGCAGACCGCUCCGGUCUCGAGAACGUCAACUCAGUCGAGGCCCUUCAGGAAACUCUGAUUCGAGCUCUGCGCAGCUUGAUCACCAAGAACCACCCCAACGAGAUCGCCAUCUUCACUAAACUGCUCCUCAAACUGCCGGACCUGCGCUCGCUCAACAACAUGCACUCAGAGCAGCUCUUGGCCUUUAAGGUCCACCCCUGAGCACCCAUCAACCCUCAAAACUGUGGACCCAUCCUCCCCCCACCCCAUCCGGGCCCACUUAUCCAAUGGGCAUCUUGUUCUUACUCAGUGCCCCUUUCCCUUCUCUCAAUCAUAUACAAACGAUUGCUGGUUAAACAUGGAGGUGGGGGGGUUAUUCUUUAGUCAUCGUCGUACUGUAAAAGGCCUCUGCUCGUGCUAACGCACACGACUCGCUGACACAAACUGGAGGGGUUUCGUUGUAGAUUCUUACGAGAGUUUGUAUGAUUACGGGGUUUGUGUGUGCGCAGAGGCACCUUGAAUAAGUUUCUAGAUUUGUAAAUCUGCCUGUGCAAUAAGUGACACGUUCACUGUUUUUGGAUUGUUCCUCGUUGGUCUCUUAAUACUUCCAGAAAAGAGGAAGUAAGGUAUUGUGUGGCUGUAUGAAUGCCGUGUUUUGUUUAGGGAGCAUUAUGAAGGGAUAUUCCCACAUGUAAACUAAAAAAAAAAGGAGAAA